UUCUACAACCGCGUUUAUUUGCCAAAAUGCUGCUCCGAGCUCUACCACUUCUGCUCACACUCUGUGUGUUGGUCCUCUCCAACGACGACACGGAUGCAGAUGAAGAAGAGGAAGAGGACGACGACUGCAACAAGGCGACUCUUGGUGGCCAUCCGGUGGACAUAACGACAGCGCCAUGGAGCGCCUCCGUUUCGAUCAGGGAAAAGGCCAAGUGCGGCGGAGUGAUAUACUCACUGAGUCACAUUGUGACGGCUGGCAAAUGCGUGGAUGGAUUCUUGAACAAGGCGAUCAGGAUACGAGUGGGUAGCACCACGCGCAGCGAUGGAGUCAUCGAGGCUGAUGUGUGCAACAUCACGGUUCACGAAAAGUUCACCGGCCGCACAAUACUCCAUAAUCUGGCCAUCUUGAAGUUGUGUGGACCGCUCACGGCCUCCAAAACGAUCCAGACAAUCCAGUUGGCCAAACAGUUUCCGGCCAAUGGGGCAAUGGUCACGGCCAACGGCUGGGCCUCCUUCAGGUGGUGGACCACGUAUUGGAGCAAGUGCCUGGACGAUGAAGCCCACAAGCUGCUGAAGGCCGAGGUUAAAAUGCUUGGACCCAGACAAUGCACAAAUCUGGGCGUCGAACACAAUUGGUCCAAGCAAAACUUCACCGAGUACUUAUUCUGCACCGAGAAGUUCGGCAAGGAUGCCUGCUCCUUCGGCAUGGGAUCACCUGUGGUCCACCAGGGCAAACUAAUCGGCAUCAUGUCAAAGGGCGGCUGUUCCGACCUCCCUGAAGUCUACAUCAAUAUUAUCAGGUACAAGAGCUGGCUGGAAAGUCACACCAAAUAAACUUAAACCACGUUCUCCGAA